UAAUCGAUAACUUCUAAAUGAGACGAUCUUUUGUAAACUGCUUAUUGAUAAAUAAAUGAGCGCCGUGUGUUUUUAGCUCCUUGGCAAGAGUGUCGGCAGCCAGUUGCGACGAGCUAACUCGUGUUCGCGCGCGCGAGCGACGACAACGGGGACACGCGGUGGGACCCCAAACCUAGCUUACUGGCGCUAGUAGCUGUAAUGUAGCUAGCGAGCUAGCGGCGCUAAUGGGGGUUCUGCUAGCUUAGCGCUACACGCUGCGCAGCCGCUCUGACGCCGAUUUAAACCACAUUUUCGGACAAAUUUGAGGAGGCGAUGAACCGAUGAAGGCGACGCAACCCACGUGUUUAGCUCGCUCGCCGGUUGUUGCCCCCGAACCGUGUGUUUAAAAAAGUAAAUGGUGACUACAGCAACAUGGCGACACGAGGGCAAUUACCAGUAGCUGUUAGCUUAUUCAGUGGCUUGUCCCACCUCGAGUGAGUGUUUUGAAGUAUGAGGCUGGAGGUUGGUGUAAAGAUAUCCGGUCAAAUGGAGGACGGUGAUUUUUCAACCGCUGAAUCCGGGGCCUCAACGACAUUCCCACAGCAGUGUUCUGCUCUGAGGAAGAAUGGCUUUGUCAUGAUCAAGGGCUUCCCCUGUAAGAUCAUGGAAAUGAGUACAUCCAAGACGGGCAAGCAUGGACAUGCCAAGGUUCAUCUCGUAGGAAUUGACAUCUUUACUCAGAAGAAAUAUGAAGAUAUCUGCCCAUCUACCCAUAACAUGGACGUCCCACAUGUUACAAGGAGAGACUUCACGGUUAUUGACGUUACAGAUGGUUACCUGUCCCUGAUGGAUGACACUGGAGCAACCAGAGAGGACCUUAAACUACCAGAUUCUGAUAUCGGCAGAGAAAUCGAGAAGAAGUUUGAUAAUGGAGACAAUUUCCUGGUCACCGUGUUGAAAGCUACAGGAACCGAAGCUGUUGUUGCCACCAAAAUCUGUAAUCAGUAAUUAGUAUUUGUCCAGGACAGCGCUGAGGACCUCGCACUCCUACUCUCCCAUGUGGCUUUGCAGCCUCACCAACGCGCCUGGCCGUCACCCCCACAUCUUCCCGUCGCUGGUCAAGUGAAGUCUGGAAACUGGACGGGGCCCGCUUCAAUCACGAAGUUAUCCACCUGCAGCCGUCACUGCUUAAUUUUGCAAAUUGCUACUGAUUUUAUUUCAGGAAUACCUAACAACAUUCCAGCAUUUCGUAACAUUCUUUUGAGUAUAGGUGACGUUUGUGUCUUCUGUCUGCAUUACUUUUUAAAUUACACUUAUUGUUCCCCCUUUUUCUUCUGAAUGAAAUAUAGAGCGUUGGAGUCGGCUGUGAUCAUGUAUCCUGAUGUUUUUUGUUUACAAUUGUGACGCUGCGCCUUGCUUUCACCUUAAAUUCUACCCCCCACCCCCCAAAUAGGAUUUUUACCUCUGCUGACUUCAUACCUCAAACGGGCUCCAGCUCUACAGCUCGAAGAACUUUAAAACAACUUCAUGGCCAGACAGCGCCUUUCUGCCUUUGACAAUUAAAAACAUAUGCAUGCAAACUUUUAAUUGACAAAUGACUUGUAUGCCCAUGCCCGAGCAGCUGUGAAUUUAUAUAAAAUUGAAUUUACUUUGCAUUACAAGUGUAGCAAGUAACUCUGCUGUCUCAAGCUGUUUUUGGUGUCUGGUUGCGCCCAUUUUCUCAUUCAUGCUAUAAAACAUUUUUCUUUCACUUGAGGCCUUUUAUGGAUAGAAAAUAAUUUCGACAAGGACAGAAACACUGAACACCUCAACGAUUAGCAUCACUACACUGCUUCAGAGGGUUCUUGGCACACAAUUCACAAUUGUUUUACGUUUUCUAAGACCUAGUCAAAUCUAGAUCAUGUUUCUGCAGUGGGUGUUUCCACGUCUGGUCAUGGGAGACUGGACUAUGAGUGUUACCAUAGAGCUAUCCUAUGGGCUGCGGUGGGGAACGUGGUUGUAGAAAAGUACAUUUGGGGUGGUGGGUCUGUUUGCUUUGUGAUGGGAGCCUUCACGUGAUAAACUGAAUUGUUGCUCAAAAGUAUUUUUUCAUAAGAAAUGGAGACCGUGGGUAUUUGCAGGCAAUUCAGAUUGUGUUACAUGAGGCUCAUUAACAUGGAUGCUGUUGAUUCUGGAUUCAGAUGCAGGCAGUCGGUGUUCUCCCCUGCCUCCUACUAUUAAAAUGACAACCGUAAAUAUAUUUGACGCGCUUUUUAGUCUGAGGUUGGUUUUUCCUUCCAGUUUGAGUAUUUGUACCAAUGGUGCAGUGAGGAGGCUGACUAAAGUCUCGAGUGCACGCGUUAAACAAAUUGCAAAUAGCCUGCUAUUCAGUUGCAUAAUGACCGUUCUAGUUAUUUGUUUUUAGCCUGACUGGGAUUUUGGCUUCCUCACUGCACUGAUGCAGUAAUCAUUUUGCAUUUUCAAGCUUCGGUUGUGAUCCUGUGUCUGUAAACAAUAAAAAAAAAAAAAAACGUACCUCAGAAGCAUAAACAUA